AUGAUGAGUGCGGGCAGGCUGUCUGGCCUGCGAGUCGGUGCACGGCUGGCGAGCAUUGGAUUUCUGUCUAGGCGACAGGCAACAGCCGUGCAAUCGCGACGAUGUCUGCAUGUGACGGCAGCACGUCGGAGCGGGGCAUCGAAUCCGGCGAUGGCGUUUCCGUGUCUGGACGCGAUCGAGGACCGAUCGGCCAAGUUGCGGCAGGCAGGAUCGGGAGCAUCUGGCUCCUCAGCAGCAGCUCGGCCCUCGACCGAGAGCGGUCCGGAGCCAUCAUACACGUCCGGGGCGACGCUGCGGUACCACUGCCGCGAGCCGCUGGCGCUCGACUGGGGCGGAGUGCUGCGCGAGUUUGACAUCGCGUACGAGACCUGGGGCCGGCUGGCGGCCGACCGGAGCAACGCGGUGCUGCUGCACACGGGACUGUCGGCAUCAUCACACGCACGGUCGAGCGAGCUCAACCCGGCGCCUGGCUGGUGGGAGCGGUUCAUCGGACCCGGACCGGGCUUCGCACUCGACACGACACGCUUCUUUGUCAUCUGCACCAACGUUCUCGGCGGCUGCUAUGGAUCGACGGGUCCGAGCAGCAUCGAUCCGGCCGACGGACAGCGCUAUGCAACCCGUUUUCCCAUCCUCACGCUCGAGGAUAUGGUCCGCGCCCAGUUCCGGCUGCUCGACGGCCUCGGCAUCGAUCGGCUGCACGCCAGCGUCGGCGCAUCCAUGGGCGGCAUGCAGUCGCUCGCAGCCGGCGUGCUCUUCCCCGAUCGUGUCGGUCGCAUCGUCUCCAUCAGCGGCUGCGCUCGCAGCCAUCCGUACAGCAUCGCGAUGCGCCACACCCAGCGCCAGGUCCUCAUGAUGGACCCCCACUGGAAUCGCGGCUUCUACUACGGCUACGAUCGCGUUCCUCCUCAUGCCGGCAUGAAGCUCGCCCGCCAGAUCGCCACCGUCACCUAUCGCUCGGGUCCUGAGUGGGAGCUUCGCUUCGGCCGUCGUCGUGCUGAUUCUCGCAAACCCCCGGCUCUCUGUCCCGACUUCCUCAUCGAGACCUACCUCGAUCAUGCUGGCGAAAAGUUCUGCCUCACUUACGACCCCAAUAGCUUGCUUUACGUCAGCAAGGCUAUGGACCUCUUCGAUCUAGGUCGCCAUGCCCAGGACGCUGCUGCUGCUCGUCGGAAUGCUCGUGCUGCUGCUGCCGUAGAUCCUGCUUCUUCGCUCGUCGACCCCGUCGCUCCCGCCUGCAGUCUCACCCUGCCCGAUCAGCCCUACGAGGAACAGCCGGAAGAAGUCGCCGCUGCUCUCAACGACUACGGCAGCUCUGCUGCAGAGACCUCCUCUUCGCCUGUCUGGUCUCCUCCCGAGGAUCUCGUUCAUGGUCUCGCCCCCCUGCGCAACCACCCUACUCUCGUCAUGGGCGUCGCCAGCGACAUCCUCUUCCCUGCCUGGCAGCAGUACGAGGUCGCCGAGGCCCUCAAGGCUGCCGGCAAUCGCAACGUUAGCCACAUCGAGCUCAGUGAGCAGCAGAGCAUCUUCGGCCACGAUACCUUCCUCCUCGAUCUCGAAAACAUCGGCGGCAACGUCAGCAACUUCCUCGCCUGA